AUGGCAGCCCCCCCACCGCCGCCUCCAGCGCGGGGCGGCCUCUCUCUUUACGCGAACCUCCUCGACACUCCCUCAUCCUCGGACGCCUCUGCAACCAUCUCGAGCGCUCCGGUCCGAUACACUCAGUCCGGCGAACCGAUAGACCCCAGAGAUGCAGCUGCGACAGCAGCUGCCAAGAAACCGCUAGAUCCAUCUCUUCGGUUCCAACCCAUCCGCCGUCCGCAAGCCAAGACGACAACCAAACCGAAAGUCGGAUUCCCAAAGUCCAUACCUGCCGCGCAAACGUCGACACACCCGACGACGACCUCAGCAGGGCUUGGAGGCCCAAACCCUCCAGGCCCAGCAGUUCACGCACCCCCCAAGACGACUACCCUCGCCGACUGGGCAGCCAACGAAGAAGACGAAUGGAUGUACGGCACGGCCGAGAAGCGACAGCGCGGCGGACGAAGAAAGAAGAAGAAAAAGAUUGGCCAGGAACAGCAUCUCCAGACCGACUGGGAAGAGAUCUACGAUCCUACCAAGCCCACCAACUUCGAAGAAUAUAUGCGUAGCGACGAGCGCAUCCGCGAGAUCCAAGAAUGGAAGGCCGUUCUGUACCGCCAUCGUCGCGAGAGAAGUCUCAGCGACGACAGCGAUGAAGAAGAGCAAACCAGGAGUCGCUCUGCGCCAAAGUCCGGAACAGAUCAGUUUGCUCCGCCUCCGAACUACAACUUUGCUCCUCCGCCAUCACCCCCCAGAACCGCCGCUGCACCCCCCGUCCUCGACGAUGCGACGGGCGAUGACGCCUACGUUCGCCGCCUGGCCCUAUCCGGCGCAGCGCCCCCUCCGUCGCCUCCGCCGCCUCCUCCUCCGCCUCCUCCCACAGGCCUUCCUCCUGUCGAACCCCCUACGGACACCGCGACAAUAUCCCGCGCCCCUGUUCGAUAUCCUCCACCCGAACCCACACCCGCCGACAAAGUAGCAGAAGAAGAAGAAGAAGAACAAGAAGAAGAAGCAGCAGCAAACGAAAACGACGGCUACUCGCCCCCACCUGUUCUGGGUCUGAGCAGCGGCGCCACCCCAGACCGGGACGCACCCGAAACCCACCAGCCGCGCUCCAAUCGACCAGGCCAAGCCGGCUUCGCGCAGAGGCUCAUGUCCAAGUACGGCUGGACCAAGGGCUCCGGCCUGGGCGUCGACGAGUCGGGCAUCAUCAACCCGCUGCGCGUCCAGGUCGAGAAGCGCAAGAAGAAGAGCGACGCCGAGGGCGGCGGCUGGGCCGAACCAGCUGCCAAAUCCCGCAUUCUCGGCGGUCGGCGAAAGGACAACGGGGCCUCUCGCUUCGGCCCCAUGAGCGAGGUCAUCGUGCUCCGUAACAUGCUCGAAGGCAUGGAGGACCUCCAGGGAGAGAUUGCCAACGGACUGGGGCAGGAGAUCGGCGAGGAGUGUGGCGACAAGUACGGCCGCGUUGAACGCCUCUACAUUGACACCGAGGACCGCCAAGUUUUCAUCAAAUUUACAGACCAGGUCUCGGCUUUGCGUGCCGUCAACGAGCUGGACGGCCGCAUCUUCAACGGCAACACUGUCCGCCCAAGCUUUUACGACGCAGAGAAAUUUGAGCAGGGCAUAUAU